GUGGCUCCGCGCUGUGUGCCCAAGGCGUCAUCCCUCCCCCCGUGGGCUGGUGGGCUGGUGUGCAGGUGCCACGGCGCGCUCCCUCUAUAUAAAUGGCUGGGCACAGCUAGCGACGGUGAUGGUGCGCCGGUUGCGCGCGUCUCUCCGGCAGCUGCUCGCUCAGAUGGCCCGGAGACCUGACGUGCUGUGCGGAGCCAUCGCGCUGGGCUGCCUGCUCGCCGCCGCUCUGAAAUUCACGUGCAGCCGUGCAAAGAAUGUCGUUGCCCCCGCGCGACCGCCUGUCCGCUUCUUCUCACCUGACGCCCCGGUCAUGGACCUGUUCCUUGGCCAGUUGGAGCAGGUCGACCGGCUGCGCAGCACAUCCGACAUCUCCUUCAUCUUCUUCUACGCUCCUUGGUGUGCUCACUCCAUCGCUGCCAGAGACGAGGUCCAGAAGGUCGCAAGGAAGUUAUCCAAAGAGGUUCUCUUCAUAGCGGUGAACUGCUGGUGGAGCCAGGGGAAAUGCAGGAAACGGCAGAAUCUCUACCAGUACCCUGUUGUACACCUCUUCUAUCGAAGAUUUGGGCCCAUUGAGUACAAGGGUCCCUUCGCAGCUGCCUAUGUGGAGAAGUUCAUCCAGAGAGUCAUAACCCCUGUUACUUACCUACCCACUCAAGUGAUGCUGCAGGAUUUUCUAUCCUACCAUGAGUCAGGAGUGGUGGGGUAUUUUGACUUCAACGCCUCUCCGCAGCCUCCUGGGUACAUGAUAUUCCUCACUUCGGCUCUGCAGGCCCUGAAGAAGGAUUUCCAGAGCGCGAUACGUUUUGGAGUGAUAACCAGCAGACAGGUGGCGGAAGCGAUAUCGGUGCGGGAGGAUGAAACGAUCUACAUGCACCGGCACUUCAACACAUCCCUUAUUUUCCCACGGUCGGAGAGGAACUUCACGGCGGAGAACAUCUGCAGUUGGGCUUAUGAGCACAGCGAGAGCAUCCUGCGGUGGCUGCAGCCCCCUGGAGCGAAAAGCCGCCUCCUGGAGCAGGAGCUCAGCAAGGGCCCCGCACUGCUCCUCUUCGUGCCCUUUGACCCCCUGGCACCACACCAGCCCCUCAUCCAGCAGAUAGCAAACAUUUCCCUGCAGUACCACACCUGCAGUGCCACCGAGGGGUUGGGUCAGACUACUAGCUGGGACGCCACGUGGGAGCCGAGCGGGUUGCCGUCACUCUCGGAGAGCACGGCUCCUAAGCCUCCCUGCUGCAACACCGUGGUUCUCCCAGCAUGGCACGGCCUCACCCGUGUCCACAACGUGUGCGAACUGUGCCUCAACCAGUCUAUCGGCGUGCGACCGAACGCCGUCCUAGCCCCCCGCUGCCCCUUUUACCGUAUGGAGGCCGCUCUGGAUUCCUUCUACCUCAGGCAGCACACCUUUUCCCACCUGCUGGCCCAUCAUGUGGCCUGCAGUUACAUCAUCAGCACUUACAGCCCCUUCAGUCACUACAGCGCCUGCUGCAAGACCCUUAGCCUCCCCAUGCCCGCUCCGCCUCCUGCACCGGAGGCGUUGCCUCUGACUCGGGCGCCUUGGGAGCCUACGGACUCUGACCCACAGGUUGCCGGCAUCGCGGGACUCAAAUGCAGGACUAAUAAGACACUGAGGUUUUACCUGCUGGACUCGCACUUGCAUUGGAAUUUUGCUGUGAGGCUGGGAGCGCAGGGGGACGAGAGCCAACAUCUGUUUGCCGCCAUAGUGAAUCUCCCAGACGAAGUUCAUUAUGUUCUGGAACACAGAGAAAAUCUUGCCGAAAAUCUGGAGCGCUUCAUACAGAACUUCAGCGUUGUCUACAGUCCGCUGAAGAGGCAUCUGGUUGGCGCCUCUAUGCCAAAGUCUUCGGACUCCUUAAUCAGGGAAGUAACGACAGUGUCGUUCUUCAGCACGGUCAUGGAUCCUGAGAAGGAUGUGCUGCUGUUCUACUACACACAGUGGUGUGGAUUUUGCACGGUCAUCAACCACGUCAUCAUCCAGCUCGCUCGCCUCUUCCAGGGAAACGGCAAGUUCGUAGUUGCCAGAAUUAAUGUUGCUGAGAAUGACCUUCCGUGGGAAUUCAUGGUGGACCACUUUCCAGUCUUCCUCCUGUUUCCCAGCAACAGGAAACACGCGAGCGUGAAGUUCCCCGAUGACCUGCCCAUUACCCUGCCCAACCUGGUGCGCUUCAUCCUGCGCCACUCCAGCGACGUGCAGCGCGGCGGGGAUGGCAAGUGGGCGGGGCCAGGGCGCUCGGCGCUGCUCGAGUGGGAGCUGCGGCGGCUGCGGGGCGAGGUGCAGGCGCUACGGCACGCCCGGGAGCGGCUGUCCCGCCAACUGUCCCAGCUGUGGCAGGAGAAGCGCAGGCUGGCCCUGCACGCGCAGACGCUGGAGUCGCGCAACGGCGAACUGCAGAAGCAAGGGCGGCGCCUGGAGGAGCUCUACCAGGAGAAGAACCGGCAGCUGCUGGACGCCGUGAGCAAACUGCAGGCGCUGGCCGACGCCUCCGAGAGCCUGCUUUCGGAAAACGCGCUGCUCAAAAUCUUGUUAGCCUCUCUGAAGGAGAAGGCAGAGCCUGAGAAGAGAGCAGGGGACGGUGCUGAGGAAGCAGCCAAGCCCGACCUCAGCUGAACACUGACAACCUAUUGAAAAUCCUGUGUGUAUGUUGGCUAAUUAUUUAUGUUUGUUUUUGAGGUCAGUUUGUUUCGCUGAUUCCCCCCCUUCCCCUUACGAUUGACCCUUUUUCUUAAAUUAACAAAUCUAUUUUUACAGAAAUUCUUGUAUUAUCAAGCAUCUGUACAUAAGUGUUUUUUCAGGUAAGAGUGAAAUGCUGUAUUUGUUUACACAAAGAAAACUUGCACAGAUUUUUAUAGAUUAAAGUUCAAUCCAUGUGUCAAUGUGCGGGAGAAUGGCCCGGGGGGGGGGGCGGAAGGUUGCGAAGUAAUUAUAUGAACUUGUCAAUUCAUGGCAGCAGCUGUACGAAUGAUACGGCGGCAUUUGAUUCAGGGCGAUUUGUCUUCAGUACGACUGAGGAGACAAAUACAUUGGUGGUGGGGGACAAUUUGAAACCCCUGAGCAUUAAAACUCAUCUGCUACUGUCAGUU